AUGAGAUUUCGGCUGGUUAGGCUGCUAACCACCGGAUCGCCGCUGUUUACCGAUGGGGCACUGUCGCUGGUAUUUCUGCUGCUGCUGUUGACAACAACCAUCUGUACAAAUGUGUCAUCUAGUGUUAAUAAUAGCUUCGCCGGCGGCCACCAUCAAACCGUGCAGGCUACUGGGACGCACUAUGCUACCGGCCAAUCCUUCACGUCUGAUCACGUCCCCGGCGGUAGUACGUUAGCUUACAAUAAUUCCACAACAGUGCAGACGGAUCGUGGAUCGUCGGAUGCUGGCAAUCGGUCGGCCACGUUCGAACAAACCACAAAAUCAUGCUGUGAUAGUAAUAGCACCGACCGUGCGUCCGCCCCAUCUGCCAGGACGCACCGUGUAGUUAUAGAAUUUUCCACCAAAAUCGUCCAGAAUGAGUAUAUCGUACAGUUCAAUGGUUACUACAAACCAAAGCAGCGGGAAAGCUUCAUCCAGGCUGCACUGAACGGUUCGAAGGUGCAAAAAUGGCGCAUCUUGCCACGCAAUAAUCCGGCCCAAGAUUUCCCGAGCGAUUUCGACGUGCUGACGCUGGAGGAAGCGGUCGAAUACGCCGACGAUGGGUUAGCGUUGCUGCGCACGCAUCCAUCGAUAAAAAGCAUAUCACCACAGCGGAUGGUACACCGUGCGCUAAAGUACGUACCGCUGCGACAAUCGGAACUCGAUACAAACGAUGAAGUGACCGAUCAGGAUGAAACAGAGCAGGAGAUAGAACCACCAGAGCCCGAACUAGAUCUAGAUGAUGCGGAAACAGAAGAUUUUAUCGAGUUUAUUCAAAAGCGACGCCUAACAACGGAAGAUGAAUCGUCCGGCUCGUCUGCUCCACAACCUCCACCACCACCACCUCCCCAAUCCCCAAACCGGCAUUCAAAUCGACGAUUACUUCGUGCAAUUCCACGCCAAAUAACGGCGCUACUGAAGGCGGACGUACUGUGGGGGAUGGGAAUUACCGGACAGGGAGUAAAGGUGGCCGUAUUUGAUACAGGACUGGCCAAAUCCCAUCCACACUUUAAGCGCAUCAAGGAGCGUACGAACUGGACGAACGAAAAAACACUAGACGAUGGCGUUAGUCAUGGUACGUUUGUGGCCGGUAUAAUCGCCUCGUCGAAGGAAUGUCUUGGAUUUGCACCGGACGCGGAGUUGCACAUUUUUCGCGUAUUCACCAAUAAUCAGGUGUCGUACACGUCCUGGUUUCUGGAUGCGUUCAAUUACGCCAUACUGAAGAAAAUUAACGUGCUGAACCUUAGCAUCGGAGGGCCAGAUUUUCUCGAUCAACCGUUCGUGGAUAAGGUGCUGGAGUUGUCGGCAAACCGUGUGAUCAUGGUGUCCGCGAUCGGUAACGAUGGACCGCUGUACGGAACACUGAACAAUCCCGGGGAUCAGAUGGACGUGAUCGGUGUCGGCGGGAUGGAUUAUGCGGACAAUAUUGCCAAGUUUAGCUCGCGCGGUAUGACCACGUGGGAGCUACCGUAUGGGUACGGUCGGCUCAAGCCGGACAUCGUCACGUACGGCAGUCAGGUGAAGGGUAGCAAUCUGAACGGUGGCUGUAAGUCCCUUUCCGGCACGUCCGUCGCAUCGCCCAUGGUGGCCGGUGCGGUAACACUCAUCGCAAGCGGUGUGCUCGAUCGACCAGAAGUGGAUUUAAAUCCUGCCUCCAUGAAGCAGGCACUGAUCGAAGGCGCCCAACGAUUGACGGAUAACAACAUGUUCGAGCAAGGGCACGGAAAGCUGAACAUACUGCGCAGCAUGAAAGCGCUGGCUGCUUACCGGCCGCGGGUCACACUUUCACCGGCGUAUCUUGACUUUACGGAGGAUUACAUGUGGCCGUACACGACGCAGAGUUUGUAUUACAGCGCCAUGCCAGUGAUUGCGAACGUUACCAUCUUGAAUGGGAUGGGUGUGAUUGGGCGUGUGAUUAAUAGACCGACCUGGCAUCCGUACAGUAACGAGCAUGGUGAGCUGCUGAACGUGUCGAUCAGUUACUCGGAGCAACUGUGGCCCUGGUCCGGUUGGAUGGCGGUACAUAUAGGUGUGAAUGAAGCGGGUCGAGGAUUUGAAGGUAUCGCCCAGGGCCACAUCACCCUUACGGUGCAAAGCCCGGCUGAGGGACCAAACGAACGGGAACCGCGGAACGGUACGGUCAGUUUUGCCAUCAAGGUACGCAUCAUCCCGCAACCACCGCGUCAGAAGCGCAUCCUUUGGGAUCAAUAUCACAGCCUCCGGUAUCCACCCGGGUAUCUUCCGCGCGAUAACCUCAAAAUUAAGUCCGACCCACUGGACUGGCGAGCGGAUCACGUCCACACCAACUUCAAGGACAUGUACACACAUCUGCGCAAUGCGGGCUACUACGUGGAGGUGCUCGGAGCGCCCUACACCUGUUUCAAUGCGUCCUACUACGGCACGCUGCUUGUGGUCGAUCCGGAGGAAGAAUUUUUCCCGGCCGAAAUAGCCAAACUUCGGGAGGACGUGCUGGACCGGCAGCUGAGCGUGAUCGUGUUCGCCGACUGGUACAAUACGUCCGUAAUGCGGCGUAUAAAAUUCUACGACGAAAACACGCGCCAAUGGUGGAUGCCAGACACGGGCGGUGCCAAUGUGCCAGCGCUGAAUGAUCUGUUGCGUGAUUUUGGCAUCGUGCUCGGUGAUCGUGUUGCUGAUGGUUAUUUCGAUAUGCGCGAUCAUCGGAUGUAUUAUGCGUCCGGGGCGAACAUUGUACGCUUUCCGAUCGGUGAGGGUACGAUUUUGAUCGAGCGCGACCUUCUAGACGAAGGGCUCGCUAUUACGCAACCGGAUGAAUCACGCUCGAAGGUGCGUCUUCGAACCGCCAUUCUGGGAAUGUUGCAAACGGAUCGCAGAGUUUACGCACGGCCGCAACCGGCUACGCCGAAUCCGGAAAGUCCUCCGCUCGUUUCGGCGGACGAGAUGAUGGAGGAUGUGGAAGAGGAAAAUGGCAAGAUUGAUCGUGGUGCGAUCAUUAACAAGCGCAUCCUGCUGAGCGCGGCUGCUGGCGGUGGCGAUGUGGAAGAGGACGAGGAGGUACCGAACGAUGGGGGCGAGUUUAAUCGGGACGAUGCAGCGAAUCGUGUCGACGCCGGGGAGGAACCAUUGCCGGAAGAUGAUCGCGAUGGGGAUGACAUUGGACAGUUGUUGCGCGAACGCACGAAAGCGGCGAAGCAUCAGAAUGCUACUACGGCCGGGCGAACGGCCCACCGUCCGGAGCUGGCUGGUGGACGGAUCGCACUGUACGGUGAUUCGAACUGUCUCGAUUCGACGCAUCUGGAGAAGCCGUGCUUUUGGCUGCUGGAUUCCCUGCUCGAGUACACGAUGACGGCACACGUGACGAGCUUGCUGCGAGAUCUCAACGUUAGUCGCCAGGUGGAACAGAUUGAAGAUAAUUUGAAGCUACCUCAGCGCAUGCCGAACAAUAAUCUACACCUGUACUCGAAGGUACUCGUGCCGCACACGACCACCGGCGAGAAGCGGCCACUGCCCGUCUGCCAGCGGCUUGACUGGGAGUAUCCGGUUACGCUUAACAUGUCCACACUGAACAUCGGUACCGGGCCGAACGAUCGCUUACUAGGCCCGGAUCAGCAGCAACAGCAACGUCUACUCGUGGUGCAACAGCGUCAGCUUAAACAGGGACCACCACAGCCAAUGUUGCCCCUCGUAGGCAAUGAGCUUGUCUACAGUAGCCGCGGUCGAAGGUUGGAAAGUCAGAAAGGUGGAAGUUCCGUGUUGGGUGCUAACGAUGAACCGGACGUGCCCGGCUGGCGCAAUAAGAAAACGGAUAAAAUCCCCCCAAAUGCACCACCGAACGUGUUUAACAACCCGUCCGGUGCAUCGCCCACCGCUGGCACACCGAUGGCGGUUGGUGUGAAAAUAAUCCCACUGGCCGGUGGGGCUACAGAAGAUGUCGACUAUUAUGCUGCUGAAAGCCGCGCCGGUAAUGGGAAUGGGGGCACCGGGACCGAUUCUGUGGCAUCCGCGGGAGGGUUCUGGUCCUGGCUGGCCGGAUCGAAGAGUGCCGCAAUGGUGGGCCUGUUUAUACUGCUAACGCUUCUAAACUUGGUGAGAAAAUCGAAGGGAUUAACGAUAAAGCGGCGGCUUAAUUAUGUCUUUAAGAAGAUUGGCUUCUAA